GAGGCCAUUGAAGAGGUUUUGUGAUCUUAAGCCACACUCACCCAGCAUGGAGAGCGCAGUGCCCUGUUGCGGCGAUAAAAGCAUAGUACAAGAAUUCUUUAAAGUUUUCCUGCUCCAAACAGGUUCUUCCCAGUUGAAAUUACCCACAUCUUUCACCAAGUUCUUCAAUGGAAUCACGCCAUGCAAGACAAUUCUUGUAGACCAUGAUAGAAAUUUCUGGGAUAUUUACUUGGAGAAAAUCGAGGGUCGCUUGGUUUUUAAAAAUGGGUGGCAGCAAUUUGCCAAGGAGAAAGGUUUAGAAGAAGAGGACUUCUUGGUUUUUCAGUAUGAUGGCAAGUCUACGUUUAAUGUGAAGAUAUUUUCGAGAACCGGAUGCAGGAAAGUAGCUGCACCUUCAAGUUGUGAAAAGAUUGUUCCCUCUGUGAUUUUGAAUAAGGAUUCUGAUCUGCGUAGUAAUAAAAUUCAGCGCGGUUGUAAACGGAAACACUCAUCGCCAAGUCUCAAAACAAAUGAGAAAUUAGUGUUAAAGGAAUCAAAUGAGAAGUCAGUGUUAGAGGAAACAGAUGAGAAAUCAGUGUUAGAGGGUAUACGUCCAUCCGAAGAAUCUCGGUGCAAACCAACAAGAGUUGCUGAAGAAAAUGAUAACCACCAUGAGAAGAAACCUUGUCUGACCAAGUGUGUUCCAUUGCAGAAUCCUCAUUUUCAGAUAUAUUUUGAUGCUGCUUGGAGACUUAAAAAAGUGGAACUUCCAAGAAGAGUGCUGAGGAAAAUGAAUAUCAAGUUGAUGCCGAAUAGGAUCAUAAAUCUGAGAGAUGAGAAUGACACAUUAUGGCCGGUGAUCAUUACUGCAGGGUUCGGAGAUCGUUAUUUUUUGGGAAGUGGAUGGUCUGUUUUCCAGCGGAGUAACAACAUUCAAGAAGGCCAACAAUGUGAUUUUCAGUUUGUUGUUGACAAAGCAAACGUAGUCCAAGAAAUGCUAGUGCGCGUACAUUCAAAAUGCACUAUGAGUUGGGUGGACUGUAAAUAAUUUAGGUCAUGGCUGCUUAUUUUGCAUAUUGGGUCUGGGCUGUGACUUUUUAAAUUUUUUGAUAAUUUUACAAUCUAUCUAUUCAUCAAACACCUUGCAGGUGUGUUAUCCCUGUGAGCUUACUUGGUUAACAGGGUUACGAUGUGAUAGUUGCAUCUGGAGAGAGAUGCGGAUAAGAUGUUUUUGCUUUAUAUAUGUUUUACUUGUAAGUUGUUAAUUCUAUACCAUUGCCAUCAAGACCAAGGUGUACUCAUUUCAUCACGACUCUUUCGAAUUUGUACACACUUUUAGCACAAGCCUAUAAAUUUGCUGAAUUAUUUGUUCCU